CCACAUAUAAUCAUGGAAGUGCUCUCAAAUUGUCUAGCACGAUUCAAUCCUCCUCCUCCCCAAUUCCAUUCCUUCGCCAACAAUAAAUUUCUCACUUUCCGAUGCAUUCUGGAUUCGAUUUGAUCUUUUCCUGCUCUGCCUGAAUCUCGCUAGAGUAUUAUUGUUUUGAGAAUUUUUAGGUUAGUUCUAAUGGGGAAAAAUCAAGCGUACAAAGCGAUGCAGAGAGCUCGGCUCGGCUCCAGCUCAGCGGCGCCGGAAGAGGUUGAGGAUGGAAUGGUGGAUGGUUCAUUUCAUUCUCCAGAAUGGCAUGCUGCUCGUUUGGCAAGUCUCAGGACUUCUCAUACAGUUACAUGGGAGGAGUUCAAAAAGAAGCAGAAGGAAGAAGAAAUCAGAAAGGGAGAAUUGGAAGCAGAUAAAGAUAGAAUGAUGAGAGAGUAUAGAGCUCAGUUAGAUGCUGAAAGGGCACGUAAACUUGCUCAGGGGAAGAAUCACUCAAGCAGAAAAUCCAAACGGAAAAAGGAUAGAAAAGAGAAAGACUCGAAGAAACAUAGCAGCAAGAAGAGAAAGCGAUCAAGGCGAUCCUCAGAAUCCAGUUCAAGUUCAUCAUCAGAAACUUCAAGCAGUGAUGAUGAUGAGCGGGAAUCAAGAAGAUCAUCAAAGUCAAAGUUGAGAAGAAGAAAGAAAGAAAAGAAGCAUGGCUCGAGAUCUAAGCUCUCUAGCAGUGAAAGUGAAGAGGCCGGUGGACCUCUACCACUUUCCAGAUUCUUUGGGAAUGUGAAGACCUGAUAUUUUGUUGAGCACAUGUUUUCGAAUUUUCUACCCUGCAACAUUGUACAACAUAUUAUUAUUUCUUAAUGACUCAGAUUGCUGCUAUUCCAUUUUGGCACAUGUGAA